GGAGGGGGGGGUGCUGGGUGUGGGGCGGCUCCAGGGCCGGGGAUGGCGGUUGCUGUGGCUCCAGGACGACCGGGAGGAGCCCAGGGAGCGCUGUGAGAUGGGCCGACUCCCAAAACAGCCGGGAGGACGCUUACCACAGCUGCUUGGAAGCACCACCAGAAGUUCAGGUUACUUUUCUUUGCCUCUGAUUUGUUCCCUAGCAGAUGUGGGCACCCCAGCCAACAGCAGAGAGGGGUGCAGGGAAGCCACAGAGAAGCCCCUUCUGAUGUCCCAAGGAGCAAGCCAGCCCCUUCCAGGCUUCAGGAACACCACAAAACAAUAUGAAACCUGUUCAUGAGAGGAGUCAGGAAUGUCUUCCACCAAAGAAACGAGACCUCCCCGUGACCAGCGAGGAUAUGGGGCGGACUACCAGCUGUUCCACAAACCACACACCCUCCAGUGAUGCCUCUGAAUGGUCCCGAGGGGUUGUGGUGGCUGGGCAGAGCCAGGCUGGAGCCAGAGUCAGCCUGGGGGGUGAUGGAUCUGAAGCUAUCACUGGUCUGACGGUAGACCAGUAUGGCAUGCUGUAUAAGGUGGCUGUGCCACCUGCCACCUUCUCACCCACUGGCCUCCCAUCUGUGGUGAACAUGAGCCCCUUGCCCCCCACGUUUAAUGUAGCGUCUUCACUGAUUCAACAUCCAGGAAUCCACUAUCCCCCAAUCCACUAUGCUCAGCUCCCAUCCACCUCACUGCAGUUUAUCGGGUCUCCUUAUAGCCUUCCUUAUGCUGUGCCACCUAAUUUCCUACCAAGUCCCCUCCUUUCUCCUUCUGCCAAUCUUGCCACUUCUCACCUUCCACACUUUGUGCCAUAUGCUUCACUCCUGGCAGAAGAAGCCACUCCUCCCCCCCAGCCUUCAUCCCCAGCCCAUUCAUUUAACAAAACCCCCACUGCCGCCUCCCCGCCUGGGCAGUUGCCACAUCACUCAAGUACUCAGCCACUGGACCUCGCUCCAGGCCGGUUGCCCAUUUAUUAUCAGAUGUCUAGGCUACCUGGUGGGUAUACCUUGCAUGAAAACCCUCCAACAGGUGCCAGCCCAGUUCUUACCCCUCAGGAGGGCCAGUCUGCUCUGGAAGCAGCUGCUGCCAAUGGAGGACAGAGACAACGAGAGCGAAAUUUAGUAAGACGGGAAAGUGAAGCCCUUGACUCCCUGAGCAGCAAGGGUGAAAGCCAAGGACUGGUGCCAGUGGUAGAAUGUGUGGUGGAUGGACAAUUGUUUUCAGGUUCUCAGACUUCACGGGUAGAGGUGACGGCACCAGCACAUCGAGGGACUCCAGACACCGACCUUGAGGUCCAGCGGGUAGUUGGCGCUUUAGCUUCUCAGGACUAUCGUGUGGUGGCAGCUCAGAGGAAAGAUGAAUCCAGCCCCCUCAACCUGUCCCAUCAUACUCCUGACCAUCAGGGUGAGGGACGAGGGUCAGCCAGGAACCCUGCAGAGGUGGCAGAGAAGAAUCAGGCCCGUGGGUUCUACCCUCAAUCCCAUCAGGAACCAGUAAAACAUAGACUUUUACCCAAAGCGAUGGUUGUUGCCAAUGGCAACCUGGUGCCCACUGGAACUGACCCAGGCCUGCUGCCUGUGGGCUCUGAGAUCCUGGUGGCAUCAAGUCUGGACAUGCAGGCCAGAGCCUUCCCAGACAAGGAGCCAACGCCACCCCCUAUUACCUCUUCCCACUUGCCCUCCCAUUUCAUGAAAGGCGCCAUCAUCCAGCUGGCUACAGGGGAGCUGAAGCGGGUAGAGGACCUCCAGACCCAGGAUUUUGUGCGCAGUGCCGAAGUGAGCGGGGGGCUGAAGAUUGACUCAAGUACGGUUGUGGACAUUCAGGAGAGCCAAUGGCCUGGAUUUGUCAUGCUGCAUUUUGUGGUUGGUGAGCAGCAGAGCAAAGUGAGCAUUGAGGUGCCCCCCGAGCACCCCUUCUUUGUAUAUGGCCAGGGUUGGUCGUCCUGCAGCCCUGGGCGGACUGCACAACUCUUCUCUCUGUCCUGCCAUCGACUACAGGUGGGAGAUGUCUGCAUCUCUAUCAGUUUACAGAGCUUGAACAGUAACUCGGUUUCUCAGGCCAGCUGUGCUCCCCCAGGCCAGUUGGGUCCCUCCCGAGAAAGGCCUGAGAGAACAGUCUUGGGACCCAGAGACCUGUGUGACAGUGAGGGGAAGAGCCAGCCCACAGGAGAGGGCUCCCAUGUGGUAGAGCCCUCCCAGCCUGAGCCUGGUGCUCAGGCCUGCUGGCCAGCCCCAAACUUCCAAAGAUACAGCGUGCAAGGGGAGGAGGCACGGGCUGGACUGCUCCGUCCCUCUUUCAUUCCACAAGAGAUAUCUAUGGCUGGGUGUGUGGGAGAGGAGCACCCUCAUCGCAGAACUCUGCUUGAUCCUCUGCUUCAGCCCUUUCCCAUCUCUCCUCACCAUUCCUCCUCUGAGGCUUCUAGCAGCUUGGAGGCCAGGAGAGAGAGAAGCCCUUCGAGAGUUCAGAGUGGAGUUCUGCCUUGCCAGGGACCCAGUCAGGGGACUUUGGAGAAAGACCUCACAGCCAGGUGACUGGGCUCUUGGUAGGGCUUCUGGAAAGGUAGCUGACCUAACAGAGCUCCUCCUACUUGGUAUACUGGGCCUGCUUUGAGAUUUUUGUCGAGUCUCUAGUUGGUAAUGGUGACUUUGGUAAGAGUCAGUGGACCUUUUCCCCAGGCACCUACACCCCUCUGUUGUCUGUCUACGUUGUGCCUAAGUGCCUGCACUGCCCCCACCCUUCUGCCACUCUAGCCUCUGCAUGGUGUCUUGAGCUGGGCCUUGUGUAGCUGCACUGCCUUUCCUCUUCUGCAAAAGUGGCUUUGUCCACUCUGACCAAGACCUCUAGUUUCCGUUAUGUAGGGGUCCCUGGUUUCCCCAUCAGCUGAAGUCUGUUUUUAAGAACUCUAAGUCACGGCCCCUCCUCUUUUACUGCCACAUAUCUUGGGGCAGAAACAAAAAGGGAACCAUUUUCUGGACCAGGGCAGAUGCACCUGGCUAGGCAAUUCCCAUUCUGGUAUUUUCACAUGUCUCCCUCUUGUGUUAUUUCACUGCCUCUCCUAGCAUUCAGUUCUCUCUAAGCCAUCCCCUCCCACUGCCAGCUCUAAGGAUCUAGGAUAGUCUUAGUAACAUUUUAAUACCUAAAGUAUAUUUCAUUUCAUGAUGGUAUUUUCCUGUGCACAGAGUAUUUUCAAUCUUAGUUGCAUGUGCUACCCUUUGUCUUAAACCCACAUUUCCCCCCCCACACACACAACUUUUAGUAUCAGUUUGGACUGUGGGAUUCUACUGGGUAUUGGGAUUUAGGCUCCCCCACCAGCUAUCAGGUGGGUGAGUGAUCUUGUUUGAUUUUACCGAGGGGGUCUUUAGACUCUUGAAGGCAACUCAGGGUAUUGUCCACCCAACUCUCUGGUUAGAUUUCUCCCAGGUAUCAUCCUGGCAUUUCCUUUUAUAAAUGGAAUGGUCAAAGCCUGGCCUGUCAUCAGGAGUCCCAAAUCUCUGAGGUCUGAGUUCUGCUCUGUCAAAGACUGUAGGCAAGUCUUACGACCUCUCUUUCACUUCCUCCCCAGCUGCCAAAUGGGGAUAAAUAAUCUUACCUACCUCCUGGGGGGAGGGGAAGUUCUGAGAAUGGAGUCAUUCUUAGUGUUCAGGUGCUAAAGGUUGUUCCCCUGAAGCUGGCUUGUUUUUCUACAAGCCCUACACUCCACUGUUUUCAUUCCUUGAGAGCAGUUACCUGGUCAGUGAGCUCUGUGGAGUCCAUCCAAAGGCUCCUGACCUGACCACAAGUUCUUCAGUCUCUGGUUUAUGUCAGAACCAAAUACCAACCUUGUACUACAUUUGAGAUCAUGUCCUUUCCUUUUUCUACCCCCAUUCUCUCUGCUGCUUUCUCUGGCUUGUUUCCUACAGUGGGGUCCUGUGGGGUUGAGUCUUGAGGAAUCCCCUCAGAUGAAGUUCUUGGGAGAAGGCCUCAUCUCUGGCUGUUUCUGGAGCAACCUAUUCCUAGGGAUUGUCAUAUGCAUGCGUUUCUCACAAGCAUCCUUCUUCUUAGGAGGGCUCAUUAGCGGAAUAUAGUGACACAGCAGACACUUGAAAUAUCCACCAUGACCCCAACUAAGCUUCUUAUAGGAGCAAACCUGUAGCUAACCAGAUACAGACCAAGUAGUUAAAUUACCCUGCACUCAGGCUAGUUGUGACUUCCCAGUCUGGUAACUCCCAUUGAGUCCUGGAAAAAGAAAUUGUGGGAGACCUUGGCAAGUUGGGCUCUGACCUCUCUGCCAUGGUUCCUCUUCUGUUUCUUGCUGGUGGAGCAAUUCCACUAGCUCCCCAAAUAUUGUGUCAUGUAUGUGUAGCAUGUUAAUACUUGAUUUUGUUGAGCUGCAGAGGUAGCUUGCUUUCAUAAAGUAUAGUCUCCAGGAAAAGAAGCUCUGUGCUCUAAAUCUUGGUCAGAAUUGUCAUUGCCCUUGGCUUUUCCUCUGGUUUACUUUUUUUUUUUCCAGACAGAAGAAGUAAGAGUAAAUUUCCUUAUAGGAGUUACCUAAGUUUGCAAGAGACAUGAGAAUAGUUUUUGGAGAGUGAGCAUUUUAAUGAGAGGUUGUCAACCUUUUGGGAAUGGGCAGUUGACAAAGGGUCAGUCUCUAGUCAAUGGUAGAACAUUCCCAAAGUUUAGGGAUAAAAAAGAGGACUGCUAUACUCUGGAAUUGUACAGAAAUGCCCAUUCCAAUUUGGAAGAAGAGAAACCUGCCAGAUCUUCUUCAAAAGAUCCUAAGACUUAGAUCACCAUUCCUAUGAAGAUUAUUAUACUUGGGAAAAGGGAUCUGGGAGUUCAGAGCUUAGUGUUGUACCCAACAGGAGCAGUCCCAGCAGAUCUAGACUGACCCGUCUACACUCUAGGUCCCAGUUGGUCACAACAUCAUGGGCUUUCCUCUAUGCUGCUUUGCCACUGCUGCUUUUGCUCACUAUCCUGCCUGCUGCCCUCUGUAGCUCCCUGUCCUUCCAUAUCUUUGACCAUGUAAAUUAAAUUCAGGCAUUUGUCUAUUCUUAUCUGUUUUGCCAGUGUUACUAUAUAGCACAGUCAUAUUGAGUAGGGAUGGUAUGAAAUGCUGCUGGUAGGCUGGUGAAUCCAAAGGGAUAUGGCUUCAGUGGUGGUGUCAGGAGCUCUGGCUCCAAAGAUCUGCCUGUCUUGAGAAAGAAAUGAGCAGUUUCUAUGAGAGGGUGUCUUCUGUUGUAUUACUUCUUUCUUUUGAGGUAUCUUGUAUUUUAAAAAUGAGUAGGGGGAACCACAUUAGGGCCUGUGCCAACAUCCCAGCAAGAUUCAUGUAGCUCCAGUGGAUUCUGAGGUUGGGAGAGGGUUUGAAGUUUGGCUGAAGUAACCCCUCCAGUAGGGUUUAGUGUUAUUUUUUUCCAGUGGGCAUCAUUAGGCGAUUUAGGGGAAGCACAGGACGAUAUGAUUUAAACCUGCAAAAAGCAGGCAUAUGGUAGAGUUGACUGAUCACACUGGAGCUGAAAGAGGACAUGAGAUGACUGGGAAAGGACCCAGGUCCAUUGGAGUAAAGAUAACCGGAUUAACUGAAUUGGCCAUGGGAGAUUAGGCCAUGGUCUUACAAGCAAAGUAAAUAGAACAGAGGCCAAGUUUUAGGGGGAUGUCUUGACUUCCUUAGGCUAAGUUUAUUAAAUCACACUGAAGCUACAGUAUUUUCCAGAUGGAAAAAAGUGUACACUACAGUUGAAGAGAUGAACCCUGCUAGGUUGGAUGUUAAAGAGAAACCUAUUAGCCCUUUGGUUUGAAGCCUUCACCUACCCUCCAGAUUCCCUAGGGUAGGAAAGGUCUCCCACAUUAUGCAAUAAUAAAAUAAACCUCUGUGUCUUUGCAGUUGUCAGUUGCUCUUUCAACUCUAGGAUCCAUCGUUGGACCAGAAGCCUGGUCUGGGCCUAGGAUGACACUGGCCCUUGAUGCUAGAGUAGGCUGCACUCUCUCCUUGCAGACUAUGCACAGUGCCUGGGGCAGAAGGAGGAGAGGUGUGGUUUGCCCUGCUGAGCCUCCCCAGCAGGAAUAGUAGUAAUAAAUGCACUUUUCACACUAAAAGUUUAUUAAUUCUCCUGUUAAGUCUAGAUCUUCCCCUAGUAGAUUGCAAACUCAAAGUCUGUGAUCCCAAAGCCAUUCCACUGCAAAUGCCCAGCAGUGAAAGUGGCCCCAUAUUGGGUUCCUGUCUGUAGUGUGUGUGGUAGCAACCCAUGUGCCUUUACCCGUUGUCAAACUUGGAUUUACUCUGUCUUUAUGACUGUCAUGGGGACUUAGGUUCUUCAGAGAGAGAGGGUGAGAAAGUGCUGAUGACAGUGGUUUUACACCCACGCCCGAUAAGGAGUUUGCAUGCAGUGGUGAACUCUGAGGGUUAGUGAGCUGCUGGUCUUGCUGAAGGCAUGGUUGAUCCCUCAUACUUGCUUCAUACAUGAUUGAUGAGAAUCUGGAUUGUGUUGGGGAAGAGACUAUACUCAUGGCUAAUUUGAAGUAUUAAAAUAAGACUGUCCCCUACAAACUUCCUAGUCACACAGGAUCCCUGUAGCCCAAACAGUAUAAGUUCCAGCUGCAGAGAGCAAACCGCUCUCAGCUUGCACAGCACCUUAGUGGAGGGAAGAAUAUAUGGAUAGGGAAUGGGGUGGAGAGGAUGGAAAUUUUGUCACCCAGGUGGCUUUAGGGUCCUAAGGAUUAGAGGAGGACGGCACUGGGGAGGUCUGGUUGGAUCUGUGUAGGAGUUCCCUGUAGAUAAAUUACUGAUCCCCCAACUACUACCCCCAGUAUGUAAUGGCUGAAUUAAUAUGUAAUCAACUGCAUUGUAUCUAAAGCCUUAGAACUAGUCAGGUGCUCCCCCCACCCAAUACCAUUUCUUACCCUCUAAUCCUACCUGAUCUUUAACAAAGCAUUAAUAAUUCUAAGGAUAAUCUCUAUUUUGUUGUGCUUUUUUGUAACUGUUUUAAAUAAAUCAAUUUGUACUGUAUAUUUGUACUUUUGUGAGAUCCUUUUUGCUGUUUUACCAUUUUAAGUCUCUGUACUUGGCUACACACAGAUUGUAUUUUUAUUGUUAAUGCUCUUCUUAUGGAUACCUGCAUUUAACUUGUGGACUAUGUAAACACAAUAUAUAUCAAUAUCUAUAUAUCUAUAUAUCUAUCUAUAUAAACUACUAGCUUUUC